AUUUAAGCCUUCAAGAUGUCUUCCGUGAAAGUGGCGGUGCGUGUGCGCCCGUUCAAUUCGCGGGAAGUGACGCGUGAAUCAAAAUGCAUUAUUGAAAUGUCUGGAAACACAACUGCAAUCAUAAAUCCCAAAGCACCGCCAGGUACCAAGGACGCAACUAAAAGCUUCAAUUUUGAUUUUUCGUACUGGUCGCACAAUCCAAAAGAUGAAGAUUUUUCAUCACAAAUUAUGGUGUACAAGGAUAUCGGCGAAGAAAUGCUGCAGCAUUCUUUUGACGGGUAUAAUAUUUGUAUAUUUGCUUAUGGCCAAACUGGUGCCGGAAAGUCAUAUACGAUGAUGGGCAAGCAAGAAGAAGGACAGGAGGGUAUAAUUCCUCAAAUUUGUCAGGAUUUGUUUGCCCGCAUUCAUAAUACAACCAGUGAUGAGCUCAAAUACUCAGUUGAAGUUUCGUAUAUGGAAAUAUAUUGCGAAAGGGUUCGCGAUUUAUUGAAUCCUAAAAAUAAAGGUAAUCUAAGGGUACGAGAACAUCCUUUGUUGGGACCGUACGUAGAAGAUUUAUCAAAAUUGGCUGUGACUUCUUACCAGGACAUACAUGAUUUGAUUGACGAAGGGAACAAAGCCAGAACUGUGGCUGCAACUAAUAUGAACGAAACCUCAUCCAGAUCGCAUGCGGUCUUUACAAUAUUUUUUACUCAACAACGACAUGAUAUUCAAACAGAUUUGCUAACUGAAAAAGUUUCAAAAAUAUCGCUCGUGGAUUUGGCUGGGUCCGAAAGGGCAGAUUCAACUGGAGCUAAGGGUACACGACUGAAAGAAGGAGCCAAUAUAAACAAAUCGCUCACAACCCUCGGCAAAGUUAUUUCAGCAUUGGCGGAAAUGGCUACUAAAAAUAAAAAAUCGCGUAAAGCUGAUUUCAUCCCAUACCGAGACUCAGUAUUGACAUGGCUGCUUAGAGAAAAUUUAGGUGGUAAUUCAAAGACCGCUAUGAUUGCGGCAAUUUCGCCUGCUGAUAUUAACUACGACGAAACGCUCAGUACACUCAGGUAUGCAGAUCGUGCCAAACAAAUUGUAUGCAAAGCUAUUGUCAACGAAGACGCGAACGCUAAACUCAUUCGCGAGCUCAAAGAAGAAAUUCAAAAAUUGCGAGAAUUACUACGUGCCGAAGGCAUCGAAGUUCUCGAAGGGCCCGAUGGUAGAAUGGUGUGUGAAAAGAGAGACACCAAUAAAUGCGAAGGCAUCAAGACAAAUAAUAAACUUAUAUCCGAUAAAGAAUCAAGAAGCAGAACAGCAACUUGCGCUGAAAUUGCUGUUGAUCAGUUGCAGGCUAGUGAGAAAUUAAUUGCUGAAUUGAACGAAACGUGGGAGGAUAAAUUGAAACGAACUGAAGAAAUUCGACUCCAGCGCGAAGCAGUAUUCGCUGAAAUGGGUGUAGCGGUCAAAGAAGAUGGAAUAACAGUGGGAGUUUUCUCACCGAAGAAAACUCCACAUCUUGUUAAUUUGAAUGAGGAUCCCAAUUUGUCGGAAUGUCUUCUGUAUUACAUUAAAAAUGGAAUUACACGAAUGGGCACUUCCGAGGCGAACGUACCUCAAGACAUUCAAUUGUCCGGAUCGCAUAUUCUGCAGGAGCAUUGCAUCUUUGACAAUAAAGAUGGUGUUGUAACACUCAUCCCACAUAAUGGCGCUUUAGUUUACCUGAAUGGCAAAAUGCUAACGGAACCUGAAGUUCUGGUCACAGGCUCUCGAGUCAUUCUUGGCAAGAAUCACGUUUUUAGGUUCAAUCAUCCGGAACAAGCACGCGAUAGAAAAGAGAAAAAUGCUUGCGCUCUAGAAACAUCAACUACUAUGGAGACCGCUGAUUGGAACUUUGCACAGUGCGAAUUAUUGGAGAAACAAGGUAUUGAUUUAAAAGCAGAAAUGCAAAAGAGAUUACUUGCUUUAGAAGAACAAUUUCGGCGUGAUAAGGAACAAGCUGAUCAAGAAUUUGAAGAGCAAAGAAAGAGCUAUGAAGCACGCAUCGAUGCACUGCAAAAACAAGUUGAAGAACAAAGUAUGACUAUGUCUAUGUAUAGUUCUUAUUCACCAGAAGAUUUCCACAAUGAGGAAGAAAUAUUCGUGAAUCCAUUGUUCGAGACUUGCUGGACUGCGAGGGAAGCAGGUUUGGCUGCUUGGGCGUUCCGUCGUUGGAGAUAUCACCAAUUUACUUCACUGCGCGAUGAUUUAUGGGGCAAUGCCAUAUUCUUGAAAGAAGCGAACGCGAUAUCUGUUGAGCUAAAGAAAAAGGUACAAUUUCAAUUUACGCUAUUGACCGACACGUUAUAUUCACCGUUGCCACCUGAAUUGGGAGCAAGUUUGGGCGGCGAGCCAGAUGAAUUUGGUGCUCCACUGCCCAGAACGGCAGUAGCAGUGGAAGUCACUGAUACGAAGAAUGGUGCCACACAUUAUUGGACUCUAGAAAAAUUACGACAAAGGCUUGAGUUGAUGAGAGAAAUGUACCACAAUGAAGCCGAGUUAUCUCCCACAUCACCAGAUUACAAUGUAGAAAGCUUAACCGGCGGUGAUCCGUUCUAUGACCGUUUCCCGUGGUUUAGAAUGGUUGGAAGAUCGUUUGUAUAUCUAAGCAACUUGCUUUAUCCUGUACCUUUGGUGCACAAGGUAGCAGUUGUCAACGAGCGAGGAGAUGUUCGAGGUUACAUCCGAGUUGCUGUUCAGCCGGUAUUAGAUGAAGAAAGUGCAGAUUUUCAUAAUGGAGUAAAACAGUCAGCAAAAAUACUAUUCGAUGAUGAAUUCAAAUCACAAAAAAUACCCUCCUUGGGUAAAAUUUUAGACGACCGUUAUAUUGAGGGUCAAAACGACUGCAUCAAAAAUGAUGAAUUAGAAUGUGAUGCAGAUAGCGGACGUGGUGACAGUAGUGUUUCUUCAGAAGUGCGCGAAGAAGAUCCAAUUGGAGAACAUCUAACAGUUGGAAAAGAAUUUACAUUUCGCGUCACGGUGCUGCAGGCAACUGGAAUAUCGCCUGAAUAUGCCGAUAUAUUUUGCCAAUUCAACUUUUUGCAUCGACAUGAAGAAGCUUUCUCCACCGAACCCAUUAAAAACUCAGGCGGUUCACCUUUGGGUUUCUAUCAUGUACAGAAUAUUACUGUGCCUGUGACUAAAUCAUUCAUAGAAUAUAUAAAAACGCAACCGAUAAUGUUUAAAGUAUUUGGACAUUACCAACAUCAUCCUCUGCAUAAGGAUGCCAAAUUAGAUUGUCCUGCUAGACCUCCGCCACGUCGUUUGAUGCCAUUGUCUAUUCCUAUCAGCCAACCCGUUCGCAGCCCUAAAUUUGGACCAUUACCAUGCCCGCCAUCCAGCCAUGUUUUGGCCAAACACGAUAUUCUUGUCUGGUUUGAAAUUUGCGAACUGGCUCCGAAUGGGGAAUAUGUGCCUGCGGUUGUGGAUCACAGCGACGAUCUUCCUUGCCGUGGACUAUUUCUGUUGCAUCAAGGCAUCCAAAGACGCAUCAGAAUUACUAUCGUCCACGAACCAUCGUCUGAAGUCUGCUGGAGAGAUGUCAGAGAAUUAGUUGUCGGUCGCAUUCGCGGCACUCCCGAGCCUGCGGACGACGAUGAUGAUCUAGACUCCUGCGUGCUCUCACUUGGUUUAUUCCCUGGAGAACCUCUGGAAAUUCCUGGGGAUGACAGGUGCUUCUUCCGAUUUGAAGCUGCUUGGGACAGUAGUUUACACAAUUCCGCACUUCUCAACAGAGUUACUCCAUGUGGUGAACAAGUUUACAUCACGCUUUCUGCGUAUCUAGAGUUGGAGAAUUGCGCUCGGCCCGCUAUUAUCACCAAGGACUUGAGUAUGAUAAUUUAUGGCAGGGAUGCUCGAACCGGCCCUCGUUCGCUGAAACAUCUCUUCUCUGGUCAAUAUCGAAACCCGGAAGCAAAUCGUUUGUCCGGAGUCUACGAACUAUCGCUCCGCAGAGCCAACGAAGCAGGUAGUCCAGGUGUGCAGAGACGCCAACGCAGGGUUCUGGAUACAAGCUCUACCUACGUGAGAGGUGAAGAAAAUUUGCACGGUUGGCGCCCGAGAGGAGAUUCCUUGAUAUUUGAUCAUCAGUGGGAGCUGGAAAAAUUAACUAGACUAGAGGAAGUCGGCAGAGUUCGUCACUUCUUGCUGCUGCGAGAACGUUUGGGAGUUGACCAGCUUCCCAAUCGUACAGAAUUCACAAAAAGCGAGAAGGAGGUAUGUAACAUGGUAGCACGUGCAUCCGCCUCACCGGCACCUAUUCUGGAACCACCAUCGCCACUUGAUUGCCCACCACCAGCACAAGAAGAACGCGAAAUGACCGAACGCGAACGCGAAUUGGUGCUACGAUGUGUACGUCUCAUCCAGGGAAAGCCCGCUCAGCAGAAAGAUGGACAAAAAGAAAACGCAUUACUGUCAGCGCAGGAUGCUUCUCCUGGUUGUGAUGAAGGAUGCGCUGAUAUGACAGCAAGUAUGAUCAGCGGUGGAUCGAUUGAAUUAUGCUCUCCCGAAAGAGAUGCUGGUAUGUGCGGCUGGGAGGCACCCGCGCCGCAUUCAGCACAGCAACAAUCGCUUCGUUUGUAUGCACCCGAUAUUGAAGAAAUACGCGUCUCGCCUGCAGUCGCCCGUCGCGGCUAUCUAAAUGUUCUCGAACAUGGCAUUUCUGGAUGGAAGAAACGAUGGGUCACUGUGCGCAGGCCUUACGUAUUCAUCUACCGUUCCGACAAAGACCCCGUGGAACGGGCUGUAGUUAAUUUAGCAACAGCACAAGUGGAAUGCUCAGAGGACCAGGCGGCGAUGCUACGCGUUCAGAACACGUUCAGCGUCGUGACCAAACACCGCGGGUAUCUGCUGCAGACAUUCGGUGACCGCGAAGUUCACGACUGGCUUUACGCCAUUAAUCCGCUGCUUGCCGGUCAAAUAAGGUCGCGCCUGGCGCGUCGUUCGGCGAACCAGCCCAGCAGCCAACAAAACCAAGCCAGCCAGCCCGCUGUUACGCCACCUGCUCCGCCGACGAACAAAUGAGACUUAAUCACCAUGGAGUCGGUGCUCGUCUAUUGAAGACCAUCGCGUCGAUGUUUCCAGCGGUCACCAGGGCCCGAUCCGCACGCGAGCAGUAAGUCAGAUCUCAUCUUCCUCCGGCUCAUGACUCAUAAAUUACAUAUUCGACCAAUUUGUUUCAAAUUGAAAAUUAUUUCUUUAUACCAUAUAGCUCAAAGGCGCGAUGAGAUAUACUCUGAAUGAGAUUUGUAUGAUUUCCCAAGGAACGCAAAAUUUAUAUUU